GUGUUAGAUGUGAGGGACUUAACACUUAGCUCUAAAGAGAUGAGUAUCAUUAUUUAGUUGUGAAACACAGUGAAAGGAUGAAGUUUCUAGUGAGCGAUCUGUUAUUUGCCUUAGUUCUCCAUGCCCUCCCAUGUUGUGGUGCUUCAUCAGACAAAUUUCUUGUGACCCAGAGUUCUGAUGUCUCUGUCAGGGAGGGCGAGACAGUAAACAUCGCCUGCUGCUUGACAGGGGAGUUUGAAAGAGCAACAGUUACGUGGCUGAAAAAUCAAACAAGUAUGGGUCAUGAGAUUUUGAUGAAAAAGCCUGAAAGCUCUCUGCAAAAGAACACAUCUGAUUGUUCAAACAAGACCUUUAUCAAUAUAAUAAGAGAGGAUUCAGAGAGAUACACCUGCAAGGUGAAUAUAGAGAUACCAUUUCACAUCGAGGUUAAAGGAAAUGGUACUGUCAUCACAGUUAUGGCCAGAGAUAAUGCAGCGGAUAACACAGGAGAAGAUGCACAUUCAGACAACGACACAGAGUCUCACUGGGAAGAAGUGUUAAUCCAUGUCAUGAGGUGUCUGCCCAUACUUGCUCUUGUUGUAUCCUUCUUCUGCCUCAACAAGUUGGGGACCAAAGCUCAGCAGCAUGCACAAGUGGCUCCUGGAAAUAAAAUCCCUUCGGAACAAAGAACAGAAGAAGACCAAGAAGAAGAGGGCAGAGAUGAGAGAGAAAUUGAGGAGGAGAAUAAGAACAGAGAUGAAGACAACCAUGAGCUGUCUGAUGUCAGUAACGUCAAUAGUAGAGUGGAGAAAGAUAAAGAGCCUCUUGCUGUGUCCUCUCAGAUGUUAUCAGCUUGAAGAAUAGAUUUCAAGGAUGUGUGACAAAGGAGGCUAUGGACUUUGCGAACACAACAUAAGAUGUUUUAGAGAGAUAUGCCUGUGAGAUGUCAGGAAAGAAACCACUUUAAAUGUACUCUGUGAGUGCAGCACUUAAGCACAGUAUGAUUUGGUGCCACAUACACCGUUCAGCUGCCCCACGUACUCACUAGAGCCCAAACGUGUAUUAACCAGCAGCUGAAAAAAUAAUCCCCAACAAAAGCACAGUUGUCUCCAGUUGGAGUAACAUUUGAUAAAUUAGUCAGAGUUAAUGGACUUGGGGCCGACUAUAGGGUUGAAAAGUCAGAAAGUUUAAGAGACAAAUUUCGUAAGAUAAGAUCACAUGUACUUUUAUUGAUCUGCCAAAGGAGAAAUUUUGUGACACUCAGAGGCAGUGUAUGGACCACAACCCUUGUUAUCUUUCUAAGCCCAGGCAGUUCUAAUUUCUGAUGCUUAUGAACUCUCCAGAAAAUCAGUGAUUUUGACACAACAGCCUCACAGUUCAAUAUAUCCCAGCUACAAUCCUCUUUGGUGUGUCCCACAGGUGUCCAUUAACAAGUGUCAAAUGAUUCAAAGCAACAUGAUGCUCUUGUACUUGGGGCCUAGAGCACAAGAUUCAGCACAAUCCACUGAACGUGUGGAUAUAAGAUUUUUGAAUGUGCGACAAAGUAUAUGGGAGUUAUGAGCCAAAACGUACUUCCCUUAAUUGUAGCGCCACGUAGUGGUGGAAAUUCAAGACGACAAUAGAUUAUAAAAUUUUUUGCUAGGUGUGACUUAUAUUCCAAGUUUGGUGAGUUUUGGGGUAUGUUCAGGCAGUGAAAAAUGCGAUCAUUUUGGCAUAAGAAAAAAAAAAAUUAUUUGAAAAACAAUAGGGACCUCGCCCUAAACAUGGGUGUUAAGGAAAUUGUCCAGAUGCACCAGUGCAAAAACAGAAAUGAGUUUUGUACAGACACAUUGCACAGUGCAGAGUACAGGGUGAGGUCUAUAGGGAGCAGUGCUGGUUGUAGAGUCUGACAGCAGCAGGAAGGACCUUAGAUACUUCUCCUUUGCACACUUAGGGUCUAUCAGUCUGUUACUAUCCCUUAGCGGAUAGCCUGUGUAGUCUUGCCGCCAUGUGUGACCACAAUACAUUGUAUUCCGGCUCAAUCAGCGGACGAUAAAUGAACCUCGAUUCCCUUGCUGGCCACUGUUUGAGGGAGAGAGGACCACUGUGUACCGCAUAGUCAUUGUGUUAUCUUUUGUUGUCUGCUAAGCACCAACUUAGCUUCUCUCCUUUUACUUACACACACUCACACACACCCACAUAAACCUCCCUAAUUUUAGGCAAUUAACGACAAUUUACAGCCUGUGAAUGUCACGUUUGCCUGUGCCAUAUAAUGAGGGAAACAAACCCUGAUGUAUGUGGAGCUCCCUGAAGUACUAAAUGCUCAAAUUUGCAUAUAUAAAUAGCACAGAAAACACGCCUAGUCAGAGAACGUGUGGCCCUUGCACACACCUCCACCCAUUUAUAUGUUUGGCUUGCUCGUGUUUUUGAUGUUGGUAGUUGUUGAAAGCAACUGUUAAAGUAGGUGGUUUGUGUUUUGGG